AUGACAGAUCUAUAUCCACUCUUGACUUUUGGCGCUGCCAAUACAAGAAACCGCGACCAAGAAGCUCGUAUCGACACAUGUAAAUCCGUUUCACAACGCGUCGCGUUGGAUAAGGAGGAACACGUAGAGAAAAGGGAGCUCAGUGCUCUCCAGCGCAGUGCAGUCGAGGCUUUCAUUGCAUCGUCUUUCACGAUUCCUUCGGAACUUCCCGUUCGUGACGCUACGAAGCUGGGAAAGCGGAGAGCGUCUGGGGACAAAACGACCAUUCGACCGGAAAAAAAGAUCAUGACAGACAACAAGAUGCAGGUGGAUACCCCCCAGGAAACAGUGGAAAUGAUCAAGCAAGGGGAAAUCGACGAGUCUUUAUACAGUCGACAGCUGUACGUGCUUGGUCACGAGGCUAUGAAGCGUAUGGGAUCCUCCAACGUUCUCGUUGUUGGAUUGAAGGGUCUGGGUGUGGAGAUCGCCAAAAACAUUGCUCUCGCCGGUGUUAAGUCCCUUACGUUGUACGAUCCUGCUCCCGUAGCCAUCGCCGAUCUCUCCUCUCAGUUCUUCCUUCAACCCCAAGAUGUCGGUAAACCGCGUGCUGAGGUUACCGCCCCGAGAGUUGCGGAACUGAAUUCAUACGUUCCAGUCACAGUCCAUGAGGGUGGUAGUAUUGUGAACGACCUCCAGCAGUUGAAAUGCUAUCAGGCAGUGGUCCUCACGCUCACACCGUUGAAAGAACAGCUCGCGAUUGCGGACUUUUGCCAUAAGAAUGGCAUCUAUUUGACCAUCGCGGACACCUUUGGUCUAUUUGGAUAUCUCUUCAAUGACUUUGGCAAGAAUUUCACCAUUGGGGACGCUACGGGCGAGGAGCCUGUGAGUGGAAUUGUGGCCGGAAUUGAUGAGGAAGGCUUGGUUUCCGCUCUAGAUGAAACUCGUCAUGGACUUGAAGAUGGCGAUUUUGUGACAUUCACCGAAGUUAAGGGUAUGGAGGGUUUGAACGACUCCGAUCCUCGCAAAGUCACUGUUAAGGGUCCUUACACCUUCUCCAUUGGUGAUGUCUCUGGUCUCGGGACGUAUAAGGAAGGUGGUCUCUUUACGCAAGUCAAGAUGCCCAAGUUCGUUGACUUCCAGCCACUCGAUGAGCAGCUCAAGAAACCCGAGCUUAUGGUGUCGGACUUCGCCAAGUUUGACCGGCCACAGCAGCUACAUAUCGGCGUUCAAGCGCUCCACAAGUUCACGGAUGCCCACGAGGGCCAGCUUCCCCGCCCUCAUAAUGAGAGCGAUGCUCAAGAAGUUCUUAAGGUCGCCAAUGACCUCGCCUCGAGCCAAGAAGAUAAGGUGGAGCUGGACGAAAAACUCAUCAAGGAACUCAGCUACCAAGCGCGCGGUGACCUCAACCCGUUGGCUGCAUUCUUUGGUGGUAUCGCAGCACAGGAAGUACUGAAAGCUGUUUCUGGAAAAUUCAGCCCUGUUCGUCAAUGGCUUUACUUGGACUCUUUGGAGUCGCUUCCCACCUCAAUUACCAGGUCCGAAGAGAGCUGCCAACCUCUUGGUACCCGCUAUGAUGGCCAAAUCGCCGUCUUUGGAAAGGAGUUCCAGGAGAAGAUCUCGAACGUCACCCAAUUUCUUGUUGGUGCUGGAGCCAUUGGAUGUGAGACCCUAAAGAACUGGGCCAUGAUGGGCUUGGGAACGGGUCCCAAGGGCAAGAUUUUUGUCACUGAUAUGGACCAGAUUGAGAAAAGUAAUCUCAACAGACAGUUUCUGUUCCGCUCAAAAGACGUCGGUAAGCUCAAGAGUGAGUGUGCCUCUGCUGCGGUUGAGGCCAUGAACCCUGAACUAAAGGGCAAGAUCGUCACGAUGCGCGACCGCGUUGGACCAGAUACGGAACACAUUUUCAAUGAGAAUUUCUGGGAAGGGUUGGACGGAGUUACGAAUGCUCUGGAUAAUGUCGAUGCCAGAACCUACGUCGAUCGCCGUUGUGUUUUCUUCCGAAAGCCUCUCUUGGAGAGCGGCACUCUUGGUACCAAGGGCAACACUCAGGUUGUCCUUCCCCAUAUCACUGAAUCAUACUCGAGCUCCCAAGAUCCUCCAGAGAAGUCUUUCCCGAUGUGCACAUUGAAGAGCUUCCCCAACCGAAUCGAACAUACAAUUGCUUGGGCUAGGGAUCUCUUCCAAACCUACUUCGUCGGACCCCCAGAAGCUGUCAACAUGUACCUAUCCCAGCCGAACUAUAUCGAGCAGACUCUUAAGCAAGCUGGCAAUGAGAAACAAACCCUGGAGCAGUUGCAUGAUUUCUUGGUCGCCGACAAGCCGCUGACCUUUGAUGACUGUAUCGUCUGGGCUCGUCAUCAAUUCGAGGCCCAGUAUAACAAUGCUAUCCAACAGUUGCUCUAUAACUUCCCGCGGGACUCGAAAACCUCUUCGGGCCAGCUAUUCUGGUCUGGACCUAAGCGGGCCCCUACGCCUUUGAAGUUCGAUGGCUCAAACCCCACCCACCUUGGGUUUGUCGUCGCCGCAGCGAACCUGCACGCUUUCAACUAUGGCAUCAAGAACCCCGGCGUGGACAAGGAGCUCUACCGGAAGGUCGUUGAUAACAUGAUCAUCCCUGAGUUCACACCGAAGUCCGGUGUGAAGAUUCAGGCCAACGAGAACGACCCUGACCCGAAUGCCCAGCCUUCGGGGUCGUUCGAUGACAACGCAGAAAUCCAGAGUUUGAUGGACUCUUUGCCCUCACCGAAGUCGCUGGCCGGGUUCCGCCUGAGCCCAGUCGAGUUUGAAAAGGACGAUGAUACCAAUCAUCACAUUGACUUUAUUACUGCAGCCAGUAACCUUCGCGCCGACAACUACGAUAUCCCCCAAGCGGAUCGCCACAAGACGAAGUUUAUUGCAGGCAAGAUCAUUCCUGCUAUUGCUACAACGACCGCGCUGGUCACGGGGCUGGUUGCCUUGGAACUGUUCAAAAUCAUCGACGGCAAAGAUAACAUCGAGCAAUACAAGAACGGUUUUGUGAACCUUGCACUGCCAUUCGUUGGGUUCAGUGAGCCUAUUGCCAGCCCCAAGGGCAAAUACGUAGGCAAGCAGGGAGAAGCGACCAUUGAUCAACUUUGGGACCGCUUUGAGGUAGAUGAUAUCCCGCUGAAGGACUUCCUGAAGCACUUCUCGGAUCUCGGUUUAGAAAUUAGCAUGGUUAGCUCCGGAGUGAGUCUACUCUACGCGAGCUUCUAUCCUCCUGCGAAGGUGAAGGAUCGCCUUCCUCUGCCAAUGAGCAAGUUGGUAGAACACAUCAGCAAGAAGCCUGUGCCAGAUCACCAAAAGAACAUCAUUUUCGAAGUGACUGCGGAGGAUCAAACAGAGGAGGAUGUCGAGAUCCCAUAUGUAAUGACCGGAAGCCCCAGCAAGAUCACUGAUUGGGUUCUCCCGAACGACAAGUCGGGGGAAUUCAAGCGCCAACCAUCCAUGUUCCGGAAUUGGAUAUCCAGAGAACCAGGUGCCCAAUUUCCCCCAGAGAAGGACAGAUAUCACCUCUAUAUUUCCUAUGCUUGUCCAUGGGCACACCGGACAUUGAUCACGCGCAAGCUGAAAGGGCUCGAAGAUAUGAUCUCAUUUACUUCGGUGCAUUGGCAUCUAGGAGAGAAAGGCUGGCGCUUUGCAACUCCAGAUGAGGCAGUACACGGGGAAAAUACAACCCCGGACCCACUACAUCCGCAGUAUACACAUCUUCGCGAAAUCUAUUUUGCCAAUGAUCCAGAAUACACGGGCAGGUUUACCGUGCCUGUUCUGUAUGAUAAGAAGACUGAGCGGAUCGUGAGCAACGAGAGCGCCGAAAUCAUCCGCAUGUUGUACUAUGAAUUCGACGACCUACUCCCCGAAGAAUACAAACAGGUUGAUCUCUUCCCACGCGCGCUUCGCUCCGAGAUCGACGCCACGAACGAAUGGACCUACAAUGAGGUUAACAACGGCGUCUACAAGUCCGGGUUUGCAACUACUCAAGAAGCCUACGAGAAUGCCGUGACGACGCUCUUCGAGUCGCUCGAUAAGAUCGAAGCCCAUCUAGCUGCCGCGCAGAACUCGGGUUCGUCUUUCUAUUUUGGUUCGUCUAUCACAGAGGCGGAUAUUCGACUGUUUACCACCAUUGUCCGAUUUGAUCCGGUCUACGUGCAGCACUUCAAAUGUAAUAUUCGUGACAUUCGCUCGGGAUAUCCGGCACUGCAUCGGUGGUUGCGUAAUCUCUACUGGGAUGUGCCGGCUUUUCGCGAGACAACGAAUUUCGAACAUAUCAAGAAACACUACACCAAGAGCCAUAAGCAGGUGAACCCGCUCAGCAUUACCCCUGUUGGCCCGGUGCCGGAUAUUCUUCCUAAAGAGGAGGAGGUCAGGGUUGCUGCUACGAGUAAGAAAUAA